AUUCCAUAGAAGUCUUUAAAAUAUUCUACACUAGGACUUAAAAAAAGAUUUUAAAGGCGUCUUGCAUGUCUUUGUGCUAUUUGUGUUCCAACCCACUUAAUUCCUGCAAUGGCGCGUCCUAUUUGGCGCACCUCUAUCGAUUUCCCAAGAGUUUCACAGCUGGAAAAUGGUAAACAUUAAAGUUUCCAUGAAGAUUUUACAAAAUAUUUUUUGAGGCACCAUGAAUACGUUAAAACAAUUUAGCAACAAUGGUUCGCCCUGCAGAAUAAAACACUUUAAAAACUAACUAACAGAAGAAACAUGCCUAAGUUAAGAAUUCCAGGUGGCCUACCAAAGAUAUUACGUUGGUCCUAUACAGUACCCAUCUUAUGUUAUAUAUUGUUUCUUAUCAUGACUUUAAUGGUGACGGUACCGUUAAAACCCACCAUCAGUAACAAACCGGAAGCCAGUUUUUUCAAUCUCCCCAAACUGGAAGACUCUUUUGAGGUACGUAUGAAGAACAGUAAUUUUAAUAUGGAUAAAAAGCUGCCUCAGAAACUAAUGGAUGAAAAGGGAGAAUAUUUGGUUAAUAGCGAAAAUGACCAGAUACAGAUUUUAACUAGGGUGUUUAAACAGGCUGACAAAGACAAUAACAACAAACUGGAUUUGAACGAGUUGUCCCUAUGGAUCCGUUCCAAAAUAGUCGAACACAUUUCCGAGGCCGUAGGCAACAAUUACGAUCUGUUCGUGCAAAUCGAUUCUGAUCCCAAAAAUGGAGUGGUGACCUGGAAGGAGUAUCAUUCAUAUUUUUUGAAAAAGCGCGGGUUCGGUGCUAAAUAUGUGAAUUCACAUGACGAGCGACGUCAUAAAGGAUUAAAACGUUCCCUUAAAGAGCAAAUAAUGAAGGAUAAAGCGCUAUGGUCAGAAGCAGCCAAGACCAAACCAGACGCGUUGACCGUUGAUGAAUUUUUGGCAUUCACCCAUCCAGAAUCCAGCGUUUCUAACCAGUUGGCUCUAGUCGACGAACUGUUCGAUAAAUUCGAUAGGGAUGGCGAUGAAGUGUUGACUGAAAACGAGUUUGCCGUGUUACACACCGAAGGAGCCGGCGAUGAAACACUGAUCGUCCGCCAAGAAGAAGAACAACGCAGACUCGAAUUUCGCACCUCGAUAGACCUGAACGGUGAUGGAAGUGCUGACAGGAGGGAGUUGCUCCACUACGUGGCCCCACAGAGUCCACGGCAUGCUGAACACGAAGCGGAAGCUCUUCUCUCAUUGGCCGAUAUCGAUCGCGAUAACGCGCUGACGCUGGACGAGAUCCUAGCACGGCCCGACUUGUUUAUCAAGUCAAAAAUGGUGGAUACAGCACGCAGUUUUCACGAUGAGUUUUGAUAUGUUACAGAUAUUUUUUCAAUGAAUAAAUGAUUUUAAAGA